CAAAUUUCUCCGCCUUUGGAAGAAAAAAAAAACUCCCAUCUUAAACGACAUCUCCUGAUCUCUCCUUCUCUUCUCUUUCUCUCUCCUCUCUCUCUCACUUUCGGGUGACCCCUUUCUUCUCUCUGUCUCCCUGGGGUCGCCAAUUCCUCCAUCAUUCGUCACCAAAAGCCUUUCGUCCAAUUCAAUUUUGUUUUUAGCGACAAUCAAAAAAACAAUAGCAACAAAAUUCACAUUUUAUUUGAAUUUUCUUCAAUUAAUCAGAGAUGUCUGAGAUAGCCAACACAGAUCCGGAAGGAAUUGACGGAAUUCGAAUGACGUGGAACGCAUGGCCGCGAACCAAAGUCGAAGCCAGCAAGUGCGUGAUCCCACUCGCCGCCUCGAUCUCUCCGAUCCGUCACCAUCCCGAUAUCCCUACGCUCCCGUACGCGCCUCUCCGGUGCAAAACAUGUUCGUCGAUUCUGAACUCAUUCUCGCUCGUUGAUUUCACCACCAAGAUCUGGAUCUGUCCGUUCUGUUUACAACGUAACCAUUUCCCUCCUCACUAUGCUAUGAUCUCCGAGACCAAUCUUCCCGCCGAACUCUACCCGCAAUAUACUACCGUGCAAUUCACGCUCCCAAACCCUAAUAAUCCUGUGCAAUCAGCUCCUUCUGUUGCGUCUCCGCCUGUUUUUCUGUUUGUGCUCGACACGUGUAUGAUCGAGGAGGAGUUUGGAUUUGUUAAAUCGGCUUUGAAGCGUGCGAUUGGAUUGUUGCCGGAAAAUGCGCUGGUUGGGUUAGUAUCGUAUGGGACGCAGGCGCAGGUUCAUGAAUUGGGGUUUAGUGAUAUGUCGAAAGUGUAUGUAUUUAGAGGUACUAAAGAGAUUAGUAAAGAUCAGGUUAUUGAACAAUUAGGACUCGGUAUUUCGGGUCGGAGAACGGGUGGGCCUGUUGGUGUGGGUGGGUAUCCUCAGAAAGCAAUGCAAAAUGGGUAUACGAAUACUGGCGUCACGCGGUUCUUGUUGCCUGCAUCUGAGUGUGAAUUUACUCUUAAUUCUCUUUUGGAUGAGUUGCAAACGGAUCAAUGGCCGGUUCCACCUGGUAGCCGGGCUUUGAGGUGUACUGGAGUGGCGUUGAGUGUUGCAGCAGGAUUGCUUGGAGCUUGUUUACCUGGGACUGGUGCUAGGAUUAUUGCUUUGGUUGGUGGUCCUUGCACAGAAGGGCCUGGCACGAUUGUUUCAAAAGAUAUGUCAGAUCCAGUGCGUUCCCAUAAAGAUCUUGAUAAGGAUGCAGCGCCGUAUUUUAAGAAAGCAGUCAAAUUCUAUGACAAUCUAUCAAAGCAGCUUGUUAGCCAGGGUCAUGUUUUAGAUCUUUUUGCAUCUGCACUUGAUCAGGUGGGGGUUGCAGAAAUGAAAGUUGCAGUAGAAAGAACUGGUGGUCUUGCUGUUUUAGCUGAAAGUUUUGGGCAUCCUGUAUUUAAGGACUCUUUUAAGCAAAUUUUUGAAGAUGGAGAACAGUCUCUUGGUCUCUGUUUUAAUGGAAUGCUUGAGAUUAAUUGCUCUAAGGACAUUAAAAUUCAGGGGAUUAUUGGACCUUGCACAUCUAUGGAGAAGAAAGGUCCUAAUGUUGCUGAUACAGUUAUUGGAGAGGGGAAUACUACUGCCUGGAAGAUGUGUGGUCUUGACAGGAGUACUUGUCUGACAGUCUUUUUUGAUAUUUCAUCAAGUGAAAAGUCAAAUGUACCAGGAGCUGUAAACCCACAGCUAUAUAUUCAGUUCCUUACAAGUUUUCAGAACCAUGAAGGUCAUACUUUGCUUCGGGUUACAACUAUUUCUAGAAGAUGGAUUGAUAGUUCUGUUAAUUCAGAGGAAUUAAUACAAGGUUUUGACCAAGAAACUGCUGCUGUGGUAAUGGCAAGAUUAACAUCCCAUAAAAUGGAGAGUGAGGAAGGAUUUGACGCCACUAGGUGGUUGGACAGGAACCUCAUUCGUGUCUGUUCAAAAUUUGGCGACUAUCGGAAAGAUGAUCCUGCAUCUUUCACGCUGAACCCUUCUUUUUCAUUGUUCCCUCAGUUUAUGUUUAAUUUGCGUAGGUCGCAGUUUGUUCAGGUCUUUAACAACAGUCCAGAUGAGACAGCUUAUUUCCGCAUGUUAUUGAACAGGGAAAACAUCACUAAUACUGCUGUCAUGAUUCAACCAUCACUAAUAUCAUAUUCAUUUAACUCGCUGCCUCAAGCUGCACUGUUGGAUGUGGCUUCUAUCACUGCUGACCGUAUACUCUUGCUGGAUUCAUAUUUUAGUGUUGUCAUUUUCCAUGGAAUGACGAUAGCACAAUGGCGUAACAUGGGUUACCAAAACCAGCCAGAACACCAGGCAUUUGCACAGCUUUUGCAAGCGCCACAAGAUGAUGCACGUUUGAUCAUUCGUGAUCGUUUUCCAAUUCCUAGAUUGGUGGUAUGUGAUCAGCAUGGAUCUCAGGCAAGGUUUUUAUUGGCAAAAUUGAAUCCAUCAGCUAAUUAUAACAACGCCCACGAGGUUGCUGCUGGUUCGGAUGUGAUAUUCACCGAUGAUGUGAGCCUUCAAGUGUUUAUUGAGCAUCUCCAGAGGCUAGCUGUUCAGUCUUAGCAGUAAACCCCUGUAUGUAGAGGUUUUCAAGUUCAGGGGAAAUAAUUCCCCCCAAGUGUGAGUUUUGUAUCUUCUCUUUUAUCCUUCUACUCCGUUCCGUUGUCUGCCUUUCUUCCUUUCUUUCUUUUGUUCGUCUACAAACGGUAUAGUUAAGCCUCAUGGAAAAAAAAUAAGGCGGAAAAUUGAUUCUUUAGGGGGACUGAGAAGAGGUAUUUGCGCCCUUUAAAUAAUAAUAAGGGACGCAAAGGUCGGUGGAGGCUAGUUUUAUACAGAAAGAAAGGUAGUCAGGAAUACGAGUAAGACGGGAUCAAUGGCGAGUUGAGUUGGCAACAUUUUGACAGAUGAUUUUAAUUAAUCUUUUUUUAAUUUAUAUACAAUCAGGUCAGAUGUGAUUUAUGUAUGUGAAUUUUUUUUAAUUUAAUACUCAGGAAUGAGUUCUUGCUUCUUAGGUUUUAUAAGUUGAGGAACCUCAGUCAUUCUAAACUUUAUUUUGUUUGUCAUCUCAAUUUGUACACCAUUUAUAUACAUAAACAAUAUUUGGGUCUGUCUA